AUGGUUUCAAAGCAGUGUGUCCAUAAUAAUCUUACUGAGAAGGGGACUACCAACAAUACCGCUCAACCCAAUGGUAUAAACAAACAGAAGUUCAAGAAGAAAUUCGAAGGAAAAAGUCGGAAAACAAAUAAGAUUUGGUUUUCUGGUGUGCCAAAGGCCCUUCUUAAGCCCGAUAGGGAUGAAGAGGAUACCACGGGCAAAUGCCUUGUUAAAACAAACUCUUACAGUGGAUUGACCCGAUCAAUCGCUCUAGAUUGUGAGUUCGUGGGAGUUGGUUACGGUGGCAAAGACGAUGCUUUAGCACGCGUCUCCAUUGUGAAUCAGUUCGGCCACGUCCUGUUGGAUGAAUACGUCCGACCGAAAGAGACAAUAACAGACUACCGAACUGCAUUCUCUGGCAUCACUCCGCAUCACAUGCGCCCAGGCGGGCCUGCCAGAACCUUUGAAGAGGUACAAGCCAAAGUCAUGGAGAUCUGCAAUGGUCGCAUUCUCGUCGGACAUGCUGUUCACAAUGAUCUUAGGGUACUCAUGAUGUCACAUCCAAAGAGGGACAUUCGUGACACCUCCCGUUACAGACCUUUCAAAGGGCUAUUCAAAGGCCGCAACCCCUCUCUUAAAGCCCUCACCGAGCGCCUACUGGGUGUCAAUGUACAGACAGGCGAACACGAUUCAGUGGAAGAUGCUCGGGCGACAAUGCGAAUCUACACUCUGGUAAAACGAGUCUGGGAGGCUCAGGUGAAAGCCAAGUUGGCUGGCAAGCCGGCGAAAGAAAUUCAACGUCUCGCAGACCAUCUCCAAUUCCCCUCUGCAUCGGGAGAAAUUCCAGCUGAGACAAAUCUCGGCUCUAAAGUUCAUUUUACCCACAUCGCGAAGAUCGCGUUGGAUGUGAAUUCAGAAUUCUCAGCUGGGGACGCUGCCAAACCAACGACCUCCAAAAAGCCCGAUGUUCCCACAAUGACUAUGAAAGAAACCAAGAAGGUUCCAAUGAUCAACGGACGAAAAGUAAGCCAACAUCGUCAGAGAUUCAUUGAAAAGAGAAGACGAAUUCGCCGCCAGCAAGCCCAAUAUUCCUCCUCCGUAUCGAAUCAGAAAAGAGACAGAUCACUAUUCUCUUGA